CCCUCCCAGCGCUCGGUUCAUUGACCUCCUCUCUGCUUUCUGAGCGAUCCUGUCCCGUGAAGAGCUCAACGCUGACCAUGUCUUGGGUCUUCUGGACCUGUGUGUUCUCGACUCUAAUGCACGGCUUGUGCUCGGAAGUCUUCCUUCCCACUCGAGAUGCUAGUCAGAUCCUGAGCCGGCGCCGGCGCGCUAACUCCCUGUUCGAGGAGAUGAAGAAGGGGAACAUGGAGCGCGAGUGUGUGGAGGAGCGCUGCAGCUACGAGGAGGCCAGAGAAAUCUUCGAGGAUGUUCAAAAGACGGAUAAGUUCUGGCACGUCUAUUACGAUGGAGACGCGUGUCUGUCUCAGCCGUGUUUCAACGGUGGCGAGUGUAAAGAUGCGAUCGGGCCGUACACGUGUUUCUGCCAACAAGGGUUUAAGGGCUACAACUGUGAGAUCGCGAUUCCUGCGCUCUGCGAGACUGAGAACGGAGGCUGUGAUCACUUCUGCCGGGUGAAGGAGAAGACUGCCGUUUGUUCGUGUGCCAAAGGCUACGAGCUGGGCGAUAACGGGAAGUCCUGCCACUCUAAUGAUCCUUUCAAAUGCGGCGUCGUUCAUCCCCAGAAGACCAGGAGCAUCUUCAUGCUAACGCCCAACAUCUCCAACACUGAGAACGGAGAGGACACGGAAGUCGAGCCCACCGUCCAGUCCGCCGUGAACGCCACAAACCCGCCGCCGGCUAACGAGACGAGCUUAUUCGGCCUGGACGAGCGGGACAUCGUAGAGGAGGAGCCGCUUCUGCCCCAAUCCGCCGGAGGACACACGAGAAUCGUCAACGGCGUGGAGUGUCCUCCUGGGGAGUGUCCGUGGCAGGCUCUUCUCAUUAAUGAGAACAACAUCGGCUUCUGCGGCGGCACCAUCUUGAACCAGCACUUCAUUCUGUCGGCCGCUCACUGCAUGAACGAGUCGCUCUCCACCAGGGUGGUUUUAGGUGAGUUUGACACGCUGGUCAAAGAGGGUCGUGAGGUCAUCCACGACGUAGACGAAAUUCUGAUCCACAAGAACUUCAUGGCGAAUACCUACCACAACGACAUCGCCCUCAUUAAGCUCAGCAAGCCCAUCACGUUCACCGACUACAUCAUCCCCGCAUGCCUCCCGGAGCACGACUUCGCGGAGCGCGUGCUAAUGGCCCAGGAGAGCGGCAUGGUUAGCGGCUUCGGUCGCGUGCGCGAGGGCGGGUUUCAGUCCACCGUCCUCCAGAAGCUAACGGUGCCGUACGUCAACCGCGCCACGUGCAUCGAGUCCAGCCAGUUCCGGAUCUCCAGCCGCAUGUUCUGCGCCGGAUACGACCAGGAGGAGAAAGACGCGUGUCAGGGCGAUAGCGGCGGCCCGCAUGUGACGCGCUACAAGAACACGUGGUACGUGACGGGCGUGGUGAGCUGGGGCGAGGGAUGCGCACGCAAGGGCAAGUACGGCGUCUACACGCAGGUUUCCAAGUACAUCCAGUGGAUCAACAACGCCAUGGCUAAAGUCAUGCCACAGAUGGGAGCUUCGCUGAAGCCCAAAGCAAAGCGAGAGCUGCUUCGGAAGACGCCUGUUCGAAGAGUCUGACGCGAAUCUAUCCGAGGCGACGUCAAUCAACGACACGGUCUUAAUUCAUGCUAACGGCAACGUAUUCUAAGAAUGAUUUGCUAACGUUCCUAUAUAGUUAUUAAAACGUUAUUUCUGAAUGUUCCCUGAAAAUGUCAGGCUUUUUUUAGCCAUGCAAAUGUUAAGAGUAGAUCACUUUAAAAUGAAAAAUCCAUCAUAAAAGUGCAUCUGUCCAUGAUGAAGUGCUCCCCAGGCUCCGGGGGGUUAAUAAAGGCCUUCUGAAGUGAAAGAAGAAUGGAUGACUUCAGGGCGAGUCAAUCAUGGGCUAAUUGUACUUUUAAAAGAACAAAUUCCAUUUGAUGAUUUUGGAAACAUUAUUAGAGUUACUUUUGAAUGUAACAUUUAAAAAACUUUCAAUGAACGAUUGUUUUUAUGCGAAUGUUUUGAGAACAUCAUUAAAGAGCACAAACGUUCUGUUACUGGAAGAACGAUGUUCAUAAUCUUGCCAAUGCAGUUUUAUGUUGACUCUUAUCCAAAUGAGAUUUACAGUUUUAAUAAAGACAACACAGUUGAUUUUA